GCUUCAAACAAACCAAAACAAUGCUCUCUCAAACCUUUUUUCAAACUGGACGGAGUCUCUUGGGGUCGAUUUGCUUUAUGUUUUUUUCAAGAAGAAACCGUAUCUUUGAGUUAUGAGGUAUUAUAAAUCUUUGCCAAUUCAUCUUUGUCUUCUCUUCAACUGAUCAAUCUGUCACGCUCUCUGAAGCAGUAGAAAUUGCAUUCCAAAUACUUGUUCAAAGCGACGCAAACCAAAGCACGAUCUUCUACAACAAGAAGACUAGAUGGGGCUUUUCAUAGUACUGUCCAAACAGUGCGCAGUAGAAGUGUUAUUUAGUCCAUUCAACAACUUGACAUCUGACACUGAACAGACAGUGAUUUGCACGUGAGAUCGUCCACCACACUCUAGCAGAGGAACAGCCAAGGUACGAGCGUAGCUAACAUAGUUUUCAUACCUUAAUUACCCGCUAUUGGAUUUGUUACCCUACACGUUCACGAAUCUGUUCGUUCUUUACUUGGCCAAAUUGCCUCUUUAGACAAACCGCAGAACAUCCUAAUGUGCUCGACAAGUCUGGCCAUAAGCGAUUACAAUCGGAGGAUCACAAUGAAUUCCUCCACUUCCUUCAUCACUUUAUUGUCUUCUUAUUCCGAUUGCUCAGAUUCCGUCCAAUACUCUUCGCCAGCAUUCUUAUCCUCCGGACCUCAAAACCUCAGUUCAAGCACUUCGCCACUUCAAGGAGACUCGUCUGGAGUUGAAAAUUCGACCCCACUGGAACCCACUCGAUGUGCUCAUCAUCCCGGAUCAAUCGAGUCACCCCCUCAACUGAUGCCACGAUCUAUGUCGUCCAACAUGCCAGAUCUUGUGCCUCAACAUUUGGGAUCCCUCAUCGGAUCGUCGACCAGAGGCUCUCCGCUUGGAUCGGACAUGAUUUUCCGUGAACUAGGCGGUCGCAAAGGGACCCUUGAAACUGACGGAGAUUCGCGGACUGAUUCGCCGUUACAAGAUUUGUCUCAAGACAAAGGAUCCUCGUACGAUACGAAGGUAUCGAGAGUCAAUGUCGGUGGUGCUCGAGAAACUGGCCGCCAAGACGAUGAUGACGACGACGAUGACGAGGAGGAUUGUGAAAGUGAAGCUAGUGAAGAGGACCAAAAAGAUUACUCCAAGAAAGUCAUCAAGGAAAAACCAAAGCACACAAACGUCAAUACCAAACCACCCUACAGCUACGUGGCGAUGAUUGCCAUGGCCAUUGAGGAGAGCAGAGAUGGCAAGCUCAAAUUGAGUCGCAUCUACGAUUUCAUCAAGAAGAAGUUUCCCUAUUAUCGCAACUUGAAAGGCAAAGGAUGGCAGAACUCCAUACGUCACAACCUCAGUCUCAAUGAAUGCUUUAUCAAACUACCCAGUGAAGGGGGUCAAGAACGAAAGGGCAACUUUUGGACCUUGGAUCCUCAGUACACCGACAUGUUUGAGAAAGGUAACUUUAGGCGGCGGAAACGAAUGAGAAGGCACGCCUACAAGUCAGCAUACACACCUUCCAAGCCUUGGUCUCUGGACAGUGGCUCCUCCCAUGGGUGGCUCUAUCGCACGCCUGCUUAUAAUUACUCAUCUUAUAUGUCAAACACUCCAUGGUCUCAACUUUCGAGUUCGAUGAAGCCCUAUUCGGCUGAUCCUUAUGCAUACAACAGCUUUUGUAUGUCCGCGGCUGCCGGAGUGCUUGGCCAUUCCACGGCCAGCUCCUCAUCUACGCCUCAUCCAGUUUACCCUUCAGCCAUCAGUAGUUCUCCACUAGAUGGUCUAAGUGGGAAUUUAGGAAUAUCAACCUCAAGUGGGUCAAUGUCAGGCAAUUCCUCCUCGGUGACGGCGAUUGCGGCCGUGGCUGCGGCGGCUGCCUCUUGCUCUGCACGGGCGGCCUUUGCUCAAAACCCUUACUCUCAGUAUUCGCAAUUGGGAACCACCGUUGGACCGCCCUUCAACGCCUCCAACGAGCGUGUCCAAUCAUCCCCAUUCAGUGCCACUUCUGGACGGCGAUUCGUGUCGUCAUCGCCCUCCGAACUUGGGAACACCCCUCAGAGUCUGGUCCAUGACAAUCUAUCUUCACCAUACUAUGCUCAUCAUCCUCAUCAAAACCAUCAACAGCCAACUCAUUCUUGGAGUCUUGGUCUUCCAGAACAAUCACCCAUUUCGGAUCCAGUUCCUCUUCUCCAAGCUGCCUCAUCCAACCACGAUCCUAGUUUCAAAAUGGAAUAAUAAACCUGAAGUUUCUUUCUGACCAUAGCCCCCCUUCAACGAAACAGAUCGCUUCUUUUUGUUUCCCUUGGCUCAAAAGUAAACCUCGAGGGAGGCGAUCGGUGGCCCUGUUUCUUCUCUCUCCGCUCGAUUGGCGCCGGGAUAUUCGUUUGAGUGUGGAAUAGAACACUGAGACGCCAAAGGAGAAGCACAAGCAAUAGCACAAGCAAAAGCAUAGGCGGAUGCGGAUGCCAAUCGCUACCAAGCACACUUUGGCCAGGGAUACUUUCAAAUUCAUUUGUAUUCUUCAACAUAAACCUGAGGGCUUGACGCAUACGGCACCUGGGGGCUACUGAUGCAAUAUUCCUAAUCGAUGUCGAACCGCAAAGUCUAUGGAUGAAGGUAUCGUGGCCCAUUCGAAUUGAAUCGGUCUAGAAUACCUAACCUCAUGCACCCGUUUUCGUUGUUGAUGGUGUUGUUGUGGUAGUAGUAGUAGUAGUAGUAGUAGUAGUAGUAGUAGUAGUAGUCGCCCUUGUUACCCUAAGGAGGAGAGACGGCUUGAUCUUUAUCCGUGAGCGGGAGAUCAAGCUCGGGGAAAUGUGUCACCAACAGUUCUUCAACUGAGGGAGUGAAAUGUCAAAAAGCAAUUAUCCCAAUUCCCCAAGAGCUUCUUCUUCUGCUUCAACACUACCACUUCAUCUCUUCCAUCUACAUCAUCUACCACUUGGCUUGGUACUGUGGGCGAUCCCAAAAUGGGCCAUGCUACUCGCUUCCUGCCUCCCUGAAACACGAACACUUCCCAAACUUGGGAUUGGGAAGCAUGACACCCCGUAAAAGCACAGCCAACUCUAAAUUGAGCAUGAGUCGAAAGCAUCGUGCAGCCCUAAUUUCCCAAAAUGUCGUCGUCGUCGUCGUCUUUUGAGUGGCGUGGCUUUUAGCUUCGAGUGUUCACACCCUGACGCGCCGAGAUUAAUCGGUUUUCAAGGACCACUUGACAUUUGAGGACAGAGUCGGCAAUAAAUUGGCCAAGUGUUUCACACCUAGGAUCAUGAUUCAUCGGCUUCAAAACUAUCGACAUGCAGCCAUAACUCUUCGAAAACGAGAACUUCGGCCAUUGAGUCUGGUUUUGGCGUUUGGAAGGCAGUUCAUUGAUUGCCAGAACGUAAGAUGUAACUCACCAAAGGAGAAAAUCUGUCGACGUAAAUUU